AUGGCCACAGAAUAUUAUAAGUAUUUCUUCGACUAUAUCCAAGGGAACAGCACGUGGUCAUCCCAUGGUGUCGUCACCUCCCCGGGUUUUCCCCUCCCGCACAAGACGUCAAGCUCACACAUAUAUUUUUACGAAUUUGAGAACUUCAACAUCGACGGUCGAAUCAAGCUGGUGUUCGGUGAUUUCUUCCUAGACUCCAUUAAUAAAUCCGUCAAUUAUUGCAACGAAGAACAAAUCUAUUUAAAGAUUAUUGAGGGUAAGAAAUCCUCAAAAUACUGCAAUUUCAAACGACCAGAUCCUCACUUAUCAACGACCAAUCAGCUGAGAUUGGAAUAUCACAUGAUUGGCAACCACAGACACUAUGGGUAUGGCGUCUUCAGUAUGGAGUAUUCCUUCAUAACAAAGCACGAGGCUGAGGAAACUCAACACAGGCUGAGGCGAGGAUCUUUUGUUCAGAAUACUGCCUACGAAGUCGCUGGAAACGGACAUAUCUCAGUCAACAUCUUAAGACACGACCUUGAGGAGGUAGACUACGUCUGGUACCUACGGGCACGACCUGGAAACAAACUCCUACUCAAUUUUUUCGAUAUCGAUAUUUCUCCACAAGGAAGCAUCGAGAUCCGCGACGGACCAACGUCCAAAUCACCUCCACUUAUUCUGAUACACAGUAACCAAACGGACUAUGAAGACACCAUCUCUACACAGGAGAACAUUUAUGUGCGAUGGCAUGGGGAAGUUAGCCGAUACGACACUCUACGGUUCGUGUACUCUAACACUGUACCACUUGACUCAUCGGGUGGUUGCCCAACCACGUAUCUCAAAUGCACGAAUGGGGUUUGCAUCUCAAAGGCUCGGCAAUGUGAUGGGGUUUAUAACUGCCAGAAAGGGGACGAUGAGGACCCAACUGCAUGUGCAGACCAGGACUCCAGCGACUGCACCUGCGAAAAUGGAGGUACAUGUACCGUUAGAGACAACUACCUUAUCUGUCUGUGUCCGGAUGAUUUCACCGGUGAACGGUGCCAGUACAUCGGCAGACGAAAGCAUGUGAGUGCAGUUAUCUCUCGUUGUAACUGUAAGAAUGGAGGAACUUGUACGCCAACCAGCUCAGGUUUUGGCUUUGUUUGUAACUGCCUACCAGGAUUCGGAGAUUAUGACUGCAGCCAGAAUGACAGCCUGGUGCGAGGGGGCGCUUCAUCGACUGAGUAUGGUAUCGCCAUGGGGGCGGCUGUGGUGGCAGUCUUGUUGGUCCUCUUUGGAGUAGGACUCUGUCUGUGUGUGAUCUUGCAGUACCUCAAGCAACAACGAGAAGGACCGGAUGGGCAAUAUAGACCGGCACUCAGCAGAGAUGUGUACAGUGUUGAAGCUGUUAAUAUUGGUCUAAACUCUGUGGAGCCGAAUGAUUACAUCCCUCCAAGCUACCACCAAUGUACGCAUCAUUCAUCUCGUACCAGCAUGGCUAGCCCAGACGGCUCCAUGGAUGGUACCCUGACUCCUACCAAUCCAAACUAUCAACGUCACAUCUGCAGACAACAGCGAACCCCAGAAAGCCCCCCACCAAACUAUGACACCAUACUGAAACUGGCACGAGAUCUCAGCCCAUUUUAUCGGAUGUUUACAAGUAAAGGGAGCUUAAACUUUAGUGAGACAAGGUCCCCACCCACAAGUUUAAGAGAUCAGGACAGUGUGCCGAAUACAGGGUCGUUAAAUACGCCGAGCACACCGUGCAAUGAGUGCUUUGAAAUGAGGAAUAUGCCAGAUGUCAAGGAAGGUACGUGAUCGGUGGGAUGCUAGCCAAUCAGAGAAUAGUAUUGGCUGAUGAUGUCAUGUGUGCCUGGAGUCAUGGGAUGCUACUGUGUUGACAUUAUAUGCACUAUCGUAGGAUGGCUUCCGUGGUUGCUAUAGGAACGACUAGCGAGAAAGAUUUUACCCAAAUGUCACUCCUUCCGUUAUUCUCUAUUCAAAACCAUGGAGUUAAAGCAAAAAGUGAUGCAAUCAAGUGAACUGAGUCAUAAUCAACAUUAUAAGGAACACAAAUGGGGCAAAAAAUUACAUUUGAUUUAAAAUAAUAAACAAAUUCUAUAUUUAAAUGCCAAAAUAUUUUAUUCUGUUUUGACAAAUGAACCUUGAAAACUUCCUUCCUGAUAGAUAAUAUCAAACGGAGGUUAAAAUUAGCCUUGAAAGAAAGUGUGCCAAUGUACGUAUUUUCAAUUAACAAAUCAAUUUUGAACCCCUUGAUCUCAGUUUUAUUCUCUCAUAUCUUGUUUUGUUCCUACUUUCACAACUUUACAACUUUUGAGCCAAAACUUAAAGUGAUAUCAACAUUGGGUCUCAACAACACUAAAGCAUAGUUUAUGCUUGUUUUAAAUGAAUAAAAAAAAUGACCUGAGUAACCGAGUUGUGAACUACUCAUUUUGCUUUAUUGUAUCACAAAUAGAAACAGGAAAAGGAAGUUUCAUUUUGUGUGAAGUUGAAUUGUUUCUUGCAGUUCUUUAAUCAUUUUGUUGACUCAGUUUGUAGUAUCCCCCCCCCCCAACACAACACUUUCCUCACAGCUUCCCUACCUACUACAUUUAGUAAUCUCUUCUUCUGCAAACCAAGACAGUAAGAAACACUGUCAGUAUGACUUUAAGAAAAUUUCAUGAAAGGGUCUCGAGUGUUCCUAGAACAAAUUUCCUCAGUACUUCUAAACUAAAGCUGUAUUUUUUUAAUCUAUGCAUAAUUUAGAUCUUCAGGCAUGAUGUUGGUCCUGGGGGAAAAAGUAGGAACAUUUUAUUAAACACAGGGCUGACCUACAUGUUCAUAAAGGAUUUAAUAGGGCUUUUAGAGUAUUUCAUCACAGUUUGUCUGAUUUUUCCAGAGGGCGAAAAAAGAAAUCGGAAACCGGACUAAUGUAGGACGAAUAUCAUGCCUGAAUCUUAUAUUAGAGAACAAGUACAGUUAAAUAAAUGUGAAAACUCCAACCGAAGAACCUACAGGCGUAUGUCGUCUUGAGGAUGUAAACAAUGUUCUCUUUGACGUGUACAAGAAGUAGAGCAGAGAGGUUCUUGAGUAAGAAUGCCGGAAGUAGAACAGAUUUCUCAGGGUUUCAAAGUAAACAGUAAUGAUAAAAAGUAGUCAACUUUAGAACGAGUCGACGAAAAGUAUUGGUGUAUAAGUAGGCCUUCAGAAAUAAAUGUCUACACGAACUAAAAAGCAUUGAAGAAUUGGUAAAGGUACCGAAGCAGGUACUUUACAAAAAUUACAUGCAUACCUUGGCAUAUAAAAUAAAUGAAAACUCUAAUGGCUUAUUACCUGCAGUCACAGUACUAUGAUUUAUAUAACAAAUAUAUAAAUAAAAAAAAGUGUAUUAAGUGCACUAUUUUGCUUUGAAAGAGAUUUAGACAAAUAUAGAUGACAUUUUAUAUUUCUUGCAAUUAUGAUGUUAGUAAUUUAUUUCUAUAUGGCACUUGUAUUUAUUGAUCACUUGGGAAGUUUGAUCUCAUGAAUUAUGUGUAAAUUUCUGCCAGUUUUUGUGGCAAAAAAAAAUAAAACAACAGUUUAAAUGCAAUUUUUUGUCAAUGUGGUCAGCAGUUUUAAACAGUGAAAACUCAAUGCACUUUAAGAAAUUCACUCAGUGAAUGGUUUUCCCAAAGAACAAAAUGUACAAAUAAAUACUAAGUUUUUAACAAAGUAUUCAAA